UAAAAAGUGAACUCAUGUUUAAGACAAUCGUUUUACCGAAUUACACGAGGCUCAGUGCUCCGACAUCCGGGUCGGCGCGGCGCAGGGCUCGCGAGCGCAGGCGCGCCGAACAAACGCGAGCGGAGGGCGAGCGGCUCGCGCGCGAGCGCCGCGAACAACGGGCCCGGGAUAAGGUUGAGCAGCAGAGACAGGCCCGAGAAGAGCUGGCGUCGUAUGAGCCGUGGGGACGCGCGGGGGGCGGAGCGCCCAACGCACGCGGCGUCCGGUUCACCAACCUUCGCACCAGGGGCAUCUACCCUGAGGACGAGCUUAGGGGCACAGCCCUGUACGAGGCGUGCCGUCGCUUCCCUACGCCGCGCCGGCGCUACCGCCGCACGCCGCUGCGCCUGCGCGAAGACCCGCAGCUGUGCUACGCCGAGAACCUGCGCAAGACCAUCGACAACGACGUCCGGUACAAGCAGACGCCCACUCAGCAACAGAGCUACAGGGAAAUCUUAGAUGAGAUGGUUGAAAACCGUAGGAGAGCCAUGAAAGACGAAAUCAAGGAGACUCUGGACUACGAACGCAGAAUGCACACCUUGGAUGGGCCUUGGGGAAAACCAGGCCCGGGCGGAGCAGUUUGGAGGAACCCCCGAGACAUUGGUCUAAAUUUCUCAAAGUCUAUGGGUUGGACAGAUAACGAAAUUUUCACAAAACUUCAAGGGGAUCACAGACUCUAUAAAAGAUCUUCGCUAACUUUACCUCAAGUAAAGAGAGACGAUGAUGCAAGAGAGCUACAAGAGAGAGAUUCAGCCGAAAAGGAAAAUACAAAACCUUCAAAUAUAGAAAAGUUGCCAGAGAUCAAACAUUCAAAAAGUGGUAGUCCAGAACAUAAGAAAAUUGUUGUUGAAAAGGAGGUAAAAGAAGUGCCUAGUAAUGUUAAAACAAGAGGAAAACGUAGUCCGAAGAAGAACAAAUUCGUAAAAAGACUCUCGAAUGGAGACAGAGUCCAAAAGUUUGUGCCUAGCGAGGAUUCCGACGAGUAUGUUGUAGAUAGGGGUCAAAAUGUCGAGCCGGUGAAUGUUGGAGAAAAGAAGCCGACUCCAGAAGCGACAAUUCUUCGCGUGACGGGCGGGGUGGAGCUCGUGCCACUCCUGGCGAGGAGAAGGCGGGUCGGCGCGCGCACGCUGCCGUCGAGUGACGUCACCAGACCUCCCGACCAGUACUGCCAGUGGCGAGAAAUUGACGCUCAAUAUUUGAUAGACUUGAAACAUCAAAUGCAAGUGAAAUGUGAACAAAUUGAGGAAAAGCGUAAGGGUUCAGCCGAGAGUGUUCGACGCCACCACGAGACUUGGGAGUCAUUGUGGGGCCGGCCUGGCCACGGCGCCCCUCAGCGAGGGAAGUACGCAAGAAGCAAUCUGGCGCAGCUGCUUUAUGUUGUCCCAUUUGCUAAUGCCCAGUAAAUAUCAUUACAAUGGCUUGGCUGUUAGGGCGCCACUACUCCUAGGAUUUGACCGCUUAUAGGGUUGGCCUAGCAAAGUUGUAAGAAGAAACCUUGCACAGUUCUUUAUUGUACAGGUAUUCUAGGUUUAGACCAUACUCAACCUUACGCUGGUGUAAGCAUCUCUUUAAAUACUAAAGAUACUUACUAGUUGGAAGCGGACGACAUGAUGCAGCAGGAGACGACGUGUCGCAGCGACACUCUACUGAUUUCUAUGUAUUUCUAUGAAAUACCAUUCG